GAUGCAUAAGAUAAAUAAUCUAUUAUUAUUUGCAAUGUUUUACAUUGUGUUUGGUAAUACAAAUCUUAAUUUUAACUGUUCAACAGUCUAGGAUAUUACAUAAUGUUUACAGGCUUCAGAUUUUUGUACUUUAGUAUAUAAAAAUAAUGCUAGGUUACAUAGUUGAAGCUAAUGUCCCAUAUUUAUCAGCUGAAAAUAAGAAUGAAGGAGUUAUUCUUAAUGAAGUGAAUGAUGUUUGCAUGGUAAUCAAUUAUAAUAAAAGAGAACUUAAAUUUCUACACAGUGUGUGAUCAAUUAAAGACAGAAAAAUCAUGUAAACUUGGAACUUGCUUUUGGGAUCCAAUCUAGAUGAAAUGUUAUGUAUAAUAUAUAUAUAUAAAGAAAGAAAUGGGACUCAGCUCCUUGCUCAAGUUAUCCAGUAUUAUUUUGUUAAUGGAAUAAUGAAUGUGAAUUAAUCAACUAAACUUAAAUUCUUUAGUUGAAUUAGAACUAUACAUUGAUGAAUGACGUUGAUACAUUUUAAAAUGAUGGUAGAUUAAACGGAACAUGGUUAUAUGAAUUUGGAUUAAUUAUGGAUGUUAAGUAGAUAGAUAAAGAUUAAGAAGAAUAUAACUUCUAAAAAUGUAUCUUAAAAAAUAGAUGUGAAUACAUUUAAAUUAUUGAUUAUAAUCAAGCUGAUUAUGAAUGUAGUAUUUCAGAUUUAAAUUGUUAUUUUGAUAGUUUGGAAAAUAAAUGUAAAAAAAUAAGUGCUUAAACAUAAUGUGAAUUAAUUAAUUGGGAAUCUAAAUGUAAUAGUGGAACAGCUCCAUGCAUUUGGAUUGAUAGAAAAUGCUAAACGUAUGAUAGUGCUGUUGUUACUUGUGGUUAACUUGAUUCAAAUAGAUGUUUAAAUAAUGAAAAUUGUUAUAUUUAAGAUUAAAAAUGUAGAUCUUUUUUAAGCUGUGCUGAUUUCAAAGUUAAAUCUUCUUGUGAUGAAUCUAAUUAUUUUUGCUAUUUUGAUGAAUAUCAAUAAUAAUGUAAAUAAUUAACAAAACAUAUACAAUGUAAAAAAAUUGGACAAAAAAAUUGUAAAGAAUUUAAAUACUGUCAAUAUAAUUUAGAUAAUCAAAUUUGUGAAGAACUUCUUCAAGAUUUUUAUUGUUAAAAAUUUAUAAAAGAUGAUUGUCCAAAUAAUAGUAAACUCCAAACUUAAAAAUGUUUAUGGGAUGAUAAUUUAUAAAUAUGUAAUUGGAAUUAUGCAACUUAAAAUUGUGAUACUAAAACAUUUCUUAAUUGUGAUGAUUCUGAAAAUUAGUGCUAUUAUGAUUAUGCAAUGAGUAAAUGUUCUACUGUAUAACCAAAUACAACCUGUGAGUUUAUUGGAUAAUAUUCAUGUAACAAUUAAAAAAUUUAAGAAUAAAACUUAUGUCAAUGGUCUUAAAGUAGGAAUUUAUGUUUAUCUAUAUUUGAUUUCAAUUGUGAAGAAUUAUUGCCACAAUUUUGUAAAUAUUUUGAAAAUUGUUUUGAAGAUAACAAAAUCUGUAAAACUAGAAAACAAUGCAAAGAUAAUGUAUCAAUUACAGAAUGUUAGUAAGAUUCAUAAUAAUCCUGUUAUUUUGAUUAUGAAUUCAAAUUAUGUAGAAGAGUUACUGCUUAAACUUCAUGCGAUCUUAUUUUUAACAAUAUAUCAUGCAAUCAAGCUAUUUGUUCUUGGUUUAAUAAUAAAUGUGAACAUAUAGAAAAAGUUAGUUGUAAAUUAAUUGAUCCUAAAAAUUGUAAAUAUUCUAGCAAAUGUUUAUUAUAAAAUAAUUAAUGUAUUCCUUUAGAUGUCUGUGAAGAAAAUAAUGGAAAUAAAAAAGCUUGUAUACAAGAUCAAAAUCAUUGCUUUUAUAAUUCAAUUACUCAAAUAUGUAAACAUAUUGAUGGAUAAACUGAUUGUAGUUUAUUAAAUGAUAAUGCAAAUAAUUGUAGCUAUGCUCAUUGUAAAUAUUUUAAUUAUUUAGGUUUUAUAAAUGAUUCAUUAAAUAAAAGAUUGUAAUGUAUCAAAUUGGAAAAUGUUCAAUGUUCCUGGUUGAAAUAAGAGUAUUGUAAUUUUGGACAAUGUACUUGGAAUUAAAGGUGUGUUCCUUAUCCUGUCGUAAAUGAUAUAGAACCUUAAGAUAAUCCUGAUGCUAAACCUGAAGAAGAAACUAUCAAUAACGAAGAGAUACCUACACAUUCACCUUAUUUUGCCAUUUUUAUCAAUCUAUUGAUAAUUAUUUUAGCAUGA